AUGGCCGACAUAUUAGCAGCGUUCGACCAGUUAGAAAAGAAGGAGAAAGCUAAGAAGCCCGUUAAGUCCACAAACAAAAAGUUUGUAAACCCGCUGAAAUCAUCCAGCGGAUCUCAGCGCACAGGACGGACACAAACGCGACCUCAGAGCUCCGGCAACAGUCUCGUGCCUCCCACCUCAUCGGGCGGCGAGCGAUCCCCCUCAGUCGUCUCCAACCGCCGCAUCUCCUUCGUCGCAACGCCCAUCCCUCCCUCGACACAGCGCCGUCUUCGAGUCCCCACGAAAACAGCCUCUCUAGCCUCUGGGUUCGCAUGGGAUCCCAAGCUCACGAAAUACGGUGUAUCUGAGCGCGAGUGGGAGAAAUUCAGCGAAGAUGUCGUCAAUGCAGCUUCGCUGCCCAAGAGGGCGAAGUACAUGUGGUCGCUGGUCAGGCAGGAGGUCAUCGAUAAGCUGAAGCGGGAUCUGGAUUUCAAUGGCGACGUUAAGACCGAACUAAAGCAGUGGAGUGCGCAUUUCAGGCGGAAGGGAUUCACAGUUGGGUUGGAGCUGCCGGGCAAAGUCAGGGAGAGGGAGGACGAGACUUUUGAGGAGCGCCAGCUGGCGGAGAGCUAUGCGAAGUUCUUCAGGGUGGUGAUCACGCCUAAUGCGGAGAGGAGCGCCAGUAUCUACUCUAGGAACUCGAGUUUGACGAGGAGUAUCACGGGCGAAGGGCUGGCUACUAGCAGGAGUACGCCGAGUGCGAGCGAGGAUGACGAUGAUGAAGAGGUGAAAAUCAACAGUGGGCAGGAUGACCAAGUUAAAAGUACUGAUGUCUGA